GGCACUUGUCGUUAGCUAUCAUCCACUCAUCGGGAUUCGGACUCCUUUGUUGCCGUACAUUCAGAGCACAAUAGAACCUACACAAUGCCAGCACCGUCUCAGUUUCUCGGUUACGUCGACGCCAAUGCGGAAAAGUUCAUCAAGCGCCUCGCCGACGCAGUCGCUAUUCCCAGUGUGAGUGCAGAUGCGAGCUAUCGUCCACAUGUAUUCCGCAUGGCAGAAUUCCUCGCCAAUGAGCUCAAGUCAGUAGGCUGCGAGGUCAAGGCCGUGCCGCUUGGGAAACAGGUCCUCGAUGGCCAGGAGAUCGACCUGCCUCCAGCUCUUUUGGCCUCGAUUGGAAACGAUCCGAGUAAGAAGACCAUCCUUUGCUACGGUCACUUUGAUGUUCAGCCUGCGCUGAAGAGCGACGGCUGGGACACCGAACCAUUCCAAUUGGUUGUUGAUGAGAAGACGGGUCGGCUCAUCGGACGCGGUUCGACUGAUGAUAAAGGCCCAGUGCUCGGUUGGGUUAACAUCUUGCAGGCGCACAAGGAGCUGGGGAUACCUCUUCCCGUGAAUCUCAAAUUCUGCUUUGAAGGGAUGGAGGAGAAUGGCUCGGAAGGUCUGGAUGAGCUUAUUGCACGCGAGGCUCUCAAGGGUGGGUUCUUCGACGGGGUUGAAGCAGUUUGUAUAUCGGAUAACUAUUGGCUCAAUACGCGCACACCAUGCUUGACAUACGGCUUGCGCGGAAUUUGUUAUUAUAAGCUCACCAUCUCUGGGCCUGCACGGGACCUGCACUCGGGUGCAUUUGGACGUACAGUACACGAACCUAUGACCGACCUCAUCGCCGUCCUAGGGAAGCUUGUAGCACCGAAUGGCGACAUACUCAUCCCAGGCGUCAACGAGCUCGUUGCACCGCUUACGCAGGAGGAACGCAAACGCUACGAAUCAAUAGAUUAUGGAGUUCAGGAUAUUGAACAGAGUAUUGGGGCGAAGAUCGCGAUUUCAGAUGAUAAGGCAGCAGUGUUGAUGGGGAGGAUGAGGUAUCCUUCUCUUUCUAUACACGGAAUCGAGGGUGCAUUCUCAGCACCUGGGGCGAAGACGGUUAUUCCUGCAAGGGUCUCGGGCAAGUUUUCGAUACGCCUUGUACCGGAUCAGACUCCGGAGGCCAUUGAUCCAUUCGUGUUUGGGUUUGUCAGGUCCGAGUUCGCAAAGCUUGGGAGUAAGAAUACAAUGAGCAUUGAGAACUUGCACGGAGGCAAGCCGUGGGUCACUGACCCAAAUCACUGGAAUUACCUUGCUGCGAUACGCGCGACUCAGGCUGUCUACAAGGUCCAACCAGAUUUGACACGCGAGGGCGGAUCGAUACCUGUUACGCUGACCUUUGCAGAAAAACUUGGUGUAAAUGUGCUGCUUCUGCCGAUGGGAAGAGGGGAUGAUGGUGCUCAUUCGACAAACGAGAAGCUUGAUCGGUCGAAUUACAUCGAGGGCACCAAACUACUGGGAUCGUACCUCUAUGAGGUGGGAGAAAUCAAGAAGACCUAAAGAGACAUAAUCAUUUUGUGGAUGAUGUACAAGUUAAGAGGAGAAAUUUUGUAAAAUGUUUUAGCAAUGCACCAGAUAUAUUGUAUUCUUCUCUUACAAUAUCACUGUACUCAAAAAUAGCAGAGCAGUUUAAUGCG